CAGGCUGUUAUAAAGCACGUCAGUCGACCCGCCACUUAGAUUUUCUUCCGUUUAACUAUAAGAUAUAAUCCAGAUAAGCAGUAUGCACUGGGAGAAAUCACCAUCAUCAGCACUGGCCAGGUCCAGACCGUACCAAGGUGUCCGAGUCCGAGACCCGGUCAAAGAGCUGCUGAGGAGGAAGAGAAGUCUGGAGCCACACUGCACCAAGACAGCGCCCCCUACUGCGGAUGUGGUCACACACAACAACCCGUCAUCAUACACACAAGGCAUGUUUGGCUCUGACGUUGCCGGCGGCUCCCCAGCUGAGCCGUCGACUGCAGUCGGUGAUGGAGGGCUGCAGCAGUGUGCAGGAUGGAGAGCUGCACCACCUGCCGCCGGCGCUGGCCUGCAGACUGCUGUGACACCCUGGUCUUCAUCUGACUACCACCAGCAUGACCCUUCAGCUCAGACUCUGGCCUACUCACAGGCCCCCACCCUCACUGCCGAUGUGUACAUGCAGACUUUGUGUCCCAGCUACACCAUGCUCACCUACACACACGCACCAUUGCUCACUAACUUUGGGACCAUACCUAUGGGCCCAGCACCAGGCUCCCUCCCUCAGAUGGAGCUCCCAGACUCAGGGUUUACCUACCUCCCCUGGGCCCAGCCCAUCACCACCAUAUCCACCAUGCCGAACCCGGGGGUCCAGUUCGCCCCCGGCUCCGCAGCCCUGCCCGGGUCACCUCUGGUCCACAUGCCCUUGUCCAUGUCUUUGACCACCAUGAUCCCUCAACUGGAGGCUCAGGGUGUAGUAGAUCACCCUCAUCCGCAGAUACUGGACCUCCCGCAGCGUUCAGAACACCAACUGGACCCUGAGCCACAAGGCCAGUCUCUGGAUGAAGAUCCAAGGUUAGAGGCGGAUUCCCCAAACCUCCUGGAUAAACUUCUGGAGGAACAAAAGGGUGAUGGCGAAGAUGAGGACAAAGACUCGUACAGCAGCUCGCUUUUUAUUCCGAAUGUCUGAAAAUACGAGUGUUCUUCUGUCCAUGGAGAGCAGCAUUGUUUCUGUUUGUUUCCUGGGGCCACCAUUAAAGUAUUAUUUGGGUUUAUUACACUUAAUUUUGAUUAUGAUAGCACUGUGACCACUAAAGUAAUUGCUGAGGUUGAUGCUGACUAAAUGUCCUGGUAAAAGUGGGCAACACCCCCCAGUAACCAGGACCCAGAACCCAGAACCCAGAACCCAGAACCCAGAACCCAGAACCCAGGCACUCAGGGGCCCCGAAGGCCACAUAACUGUCUGUGUGACAAUUCAUUUGUAAUUACAACUUUGUUCAGUAAUAUGCACCGCUAAAGCUCAAUAAAAGGGCUAAACUCA